AUGGAGAACGGCCUUUCAGCGCGUCGUCAGCCGCAGAGGCUCUUCCAUAAGUUCACGCCAUCCCGAUGGCGGCAACCAAGACACGUACGCUCGCAGGACAGCCUCGACGGUUUCUCAGCAAGUACAGAUGACUUCUCAACGAAAGGCGUUAAAGCUCCACGCGAUAAUUAUGGCAUAUCAUCACUGGCAGACCAUCUCGAUGAACGAUUAGCUGGCAAUCCGCUGGGCAGCCCACGCAUUUCUCCUCCGCCAGAUUUGGCCGUGCCUGCUUACACACCCGUGCCCGUUCCAGACAGGAACUCAAGUGUCAGAAAAGACUCUGAUAUCUCCAGUUCGAAGGCGGAAUUGGUCAGCUAUCGGCUCUUUCCAAAGAACGAUUCCGAAGGCCAGCGUAAUGCCCUUUCACCAAAGACUCGGCCUGCGGACCUCUUGCGGAAAGACUCGUCCAUGACUGCGACUGGAGUCAAGCACGAUCUACUCGUCCCGAAAAGUCCGGCUCAUGGGUCCCGCUUGGUUGGGGAGGUGACCAGAACAACGGCGGGAAUACCACCAGCAACAAGCCAGGCGCCACGAGGACAAUCAAGAGCGAGAUAUGGUUUCAUCGGACCUGCUGCGCCUGCUGUUACUUCGGCGACAAGCCCGGUGACCAAUCGUUCAGCAGACGCGGGAUCGCCUCAAUCGGAGCGAAGACCCACCUCACCCAUUGGUGCGACGGUUCCUGAUGCUCCUAUCAGACUCUCGAGCGAUGCUGUAGCUCGUCUGCAGGAGCCGUCUCCAGACAAGGCCAGAGUGUUUAAUGCAGACGUCAACGACGCGGACGAUGUCCAGUCCUGGGACCUCAUUAGCCCCAACGGUUUGCCGAUUGCUGAUGAGGACAGAAGCGAAAAUUGGCUAGAGAAACGCGCCGAGAAGCUGUACAGUGCCGACCAUCUGCGUCUGAUCUUGAGCGACCCAGCGUUCCACUCGAAAUUUGUGGGAUUCAUGAAGAAGUACCGCCCGGCAAGAAUGCCCAUCUUAAUGCGGUAUUUGGCUGCACACAAGGCGAUCAGGGCUCAUGAUUACGCCAAUGCUCUCGCAAUGCAGAUCUCUCCUCAGUCUCCAGUACCUGAUAGUACCGGACCUUCUCCCGCACCUGUCGAGAACGAGACCCUACACCACGCCGCUCGAGAAGCUUUUGCUGAACUGCUGCGAGAAGAUUUACACUUCUUCAUUGCACACAAGUACAUCAAAAUUGUCACUGGUCUAGUCACGCGUCGAAUCACUGGUGCCUUGCCGGAGCAUCUAGAUGAAGAGAACGGGCGCUUGGCCGAGGUCUUUUGUCUUACCGAUUGCAGGUUGCGCGACAACCCCAUCAUUCUUGCUUCUGAGGGCUUCACGCGCCACAGCGGUGGGAGCCUUCAGUAUGUCCUUGGUCGUAACUGUCGCUUCAUGCAGGGCCCGGGCACGACGGUGGAUUCUUGUCGACGUUUCGCCAUCUCGUGCCAGGAACGGAGAGACCAUACAGAGCUUUUUGUGAACUAUCGUCGAGAUGGGACACCUUUCCUUUGUAUGGUGAUGAAUGCGCCUUUGACCGAUAGCAAUGGUGAGCUUCGAUACUUCCUGGGAGCACAAGUUGACGUCUCUCCACUUCUCAGGGAGUGUGCGGGAUUGGAAAGCUUGCGCGCUCUGAUCGAGCAGCAGAACGAAGAGGAUGGUCAAAGCAGUAGCGAUGCACAAAAGUCCGAUUCUCGGGCGAAGAUCAAGGCGCUGAGCGAGAUGCUCAACAGCGACGAGCUGGAUAUCAUUCGGAAGAACGGAGGCAUGUUGCAAAACCAUCGGGUCUUCGAUCCUCGCGGAACGAAAGCUGCAACCAGUGGUAAUCGAGUGCUUAUUGCAGACGGAAGUGACGCUUCAGAAGACGACGCUGUUCCGCCCUCUGUCCAAGGCAGCGCUGCGUCGAUGACCGGUAUAACAUCGAUUGAAGGGGCUAACGGGAACUUGGCUGGGGUGUACAGACAUUACAUUCUUGUGCGCCCUGCACCAUCCUUGCGGAUACUGUUCGCUUCACCCACUAUGAGAUCUUCCGGACUCCUGCAAACUCCAUUGCUACACACGAUCGGCGGCAGUAGGCAGAUGCGCGAAAAUCUGGAAGCGUCACUACGAGCAGGUGACGUCGUCACAGCUCGAGUCCGCUGGCUCAACACGCCGAACGAAAAUGGAGAAGGACCGGGAGGGACGCGCUGGCUGCACUGCACGCCGCUGAUUCACUACACUGGUCAGGUGGGCUUGUGGAUGAUCGUUCUCGUGAAACCGGACAUCGAUGGAAGCGCCAUGCAAGUCGACCAGAAUGUGCUGAGCAGAAGCGCCAGCCUUGGAGGGUCUCGGGAGAAAAAUGGGGUCGAUAGCCUGGCGCCCUCUAUUCGUCUCGGCAGUGUGUAA